GAGCCAGGCUGGUGCCUGAACAUCUCAGUUUGAGGGAGGAGGCUUGGAUCAGGAUCCUGUGCCUGAAGCCAAGUCAGUCACUCACGUCUUUGCUGGCUCUCAAGGAACCUCCAAGCGGACAGAGCACCUCUUCUGGCCACCAUGAGCACCACCACAGGGCCUGAAGCUGCACCCAAACCAAGUGCAAAGUCUAUCUAUGAGCAGAGAAAACGUUACUCCACUGUGGUUAUGGCUGAUGUGUCCCAGUAUCAUGUCAAUCACCUGGUCACCUUCUGCUUGGGGGAGGAAGAUGGCGUGCACACUGUGGAAGAUGCUUCCAGAAAGCUGGCAGUCAUGGACAGCCAGGGGCGUGUCUGGGCACAGGAGAUGCUACUGAGAGUGUCACCUGGUCAUGUCACUCUGCUUGAUCCAGUCUCUAAGGAGGAACUAGAGUCAUAUCCUCUCGACGCCAUCGUACGCUGCGACGCGGUGAUGCCCCGAGGACGGAGCCGCUCGUUGCUGCUCCUGGUGUGCCAAGAGCCAGAGCGUGCACAGCCAGAUGUCCAUUUCUUCCAGGGCCUGCUCCUCGGGGCGGAGCUGAUCCGUGAGGACAUCCAAGGGGCUCUGCAGAACUACCGCUCCGGACGUGGGGAACGCAGGGCGGCAGCACUCAGGGCUACGCAGGAGGAGCUGCGACGCGGUGCCUCUCCAGCAGCGGAGACCCCGCCCUUACAGCGUCGCCCUUCUGUCCGCGCGGUGAUCAACACGGUGGAACCAUCCGCGGUGCGCGGGCGACCCCAAGUGGAGCCAAUUCCAGAGACUGAGGAAGCGAGGAAACCCGACCCAGCGCGCACGACGACUAGGAGCUCUGAUCCUACCUCCCCAGACCUGGGCCCAAGGGGUCCUGAGCUGGCCGGUCUGCAGGCGGAGCGGGAUGUGGAUAUCCUGAACCAUGUGUUUGACGACGUGGAGAGUUUUGUAUCCAGACUGCAAAAGUCAGCAGAGGCUACCCGGGUUUUGGAGCACCGUGAGCGCGGCCGCAGGACACGACGCCGAGCUGCUGGAGAGGGCCUGCUGACCCUAAGGGCCAAGCCACCCACAGAGGCUGAAUACACUGAUGUGCUUCAGAAAAUCAAAUACGCCUUCAGUCUGCUGGCCCGGUUGCGGGGCAACAUCGCCAACCCCUCCUCUCCAGAGCUGUUACACUUUCUGUUCGGACCUCUGCAGAUGAUUGUGAACACUUCAGGCGGCCCUGAGUUCCCGAGGAGUGUGCGACGACCACAUUUGACCUUGGAGGCUGUGGCGCUGCUCCGCGACAAUGUCACUCCUCGUGAAAAUGAACUAUGGACCUCACUGGGGGACUCCUGGACCCGCCCAGGGGUGGAGCUGCCCCCUGAAGAAGGGUCUCCAUACAGUCCGGAAUUCUACAGCGGUUGGGAACCUCCGGCCACUGACCCGCAGGGCCGCCCCUGGGAGGACCCAGUGGAAAAACAGCUACAGCACGAGAAGCGGCGCAGGCAGCAAAGCGCCCCCCAAGUCGCGGUCAAUGGUCAUCAAGAUCCAGAACUGGAAACUGAGUCCCAGCUAGAAGAGAAAGCCAGAAAAUGGGUUCUGUGUAAUUAUGACUUCCAGGCCCGAAAUGGCAGCGAGCUAUCUGUCAAGCACCGAGAUGUGUUGGAGGUCCUGGAUGACAGGCGCAAAUGGUGGAAGGUUCGGGACCAUCAAGGACAAGAGGGCUAUGUACCCUAUAAUAUCCUGACACCCCACCCUGGACCUCAGGUGCACUGCAGCCAAAGCUCCGCAAUAAACCUAGAGACUAGCCCACCUCCUCCCCCACCUGCUGCAGCUCCAGCCCCCACUCAGGUGCGGCCCCAGUGGGACAGUUGCGACAGUCUAAACAGUUUGGAUCCCAGCGACAAGGAGAAAUUUUCCCAGAUGCUUUGUGUCAAUGAGGAGCUGCAGGCGCGCCUGGCGCAGGGCCGUUCGGGUCCCAGCCGGGUAACCCCGGGGCUUCGAGCCCCGGAGCCCCAGCUCAGCCCACGCUCUGAGGCCUCGGUGGUCCGUGCCUGGCUGCAGACCAAGGGCUUUAGCUCCGGGACUGUGGAUGCGCUUGGAGUGCUGACUGGCGCACAGCUGUUCUCGCUUCAAAAGGAAGAGUUGCGGUCGGUGUGCCCGGAAGAAGGGGCGCGAGUAUAUAGCCAAGUCACUGUGCAGCGGGCGCUACUGGAGGACAGAGAAAAAGUAUCAGAGCUGGAGGCCGUAAUGGAGAAACAAAAGAAAAAAGUGGAAGGCGAGACCAAAACAGAAGUCAUUUGAUCCUGGUUCAUUCAUAAAAAGUGAUGAGAUGGUGGGGUUCCCAGCGCCCCGAAAGACAACAGUCACCAGACUCCUCCCCCAACGUCAGUAGCAGUAGAUGCCGUAAAGGACCGCCCACCCUGGGUUCCCCGCGGUCCUGGCGGGCGGACUGCAUUGACAGUGCUGACCGGAACCUUUCCAGAGGGACUGAUGGGAAUGGGGAAGGGAACAGAGCAUGGACACUACUAGAAAGGCACGCCCAAGAGGCGCGAUGAUGGCCCUGUGCGUUGUGAUGCGCUAUAAACAGCCUCCUUUUAGGCUAUGUCCACCUGCUGUCCCCCCCCACACACACCCCCUCUCUUGCCGGCCACCAAGAUGCCAGGAAUCUAGAAGACAUCCAUAUUUUCUCUCCACAAACCUGGAGAUUCCAACCCAGGCUUCCUCUUAAGCACCAAUCUAUCCUUGCUCUAACACUAUCUACAAUCUCUCUCUGGUUCAAAAUCCUUUCCUGUCAACUAGCGUGAGGCCUGGGAUUUUCCUUUCAAAGGCAGAGGGUGUCUCCUUCCACCCCCCAUUUUGGGUCAACCCCUCCAAUCACAGGCAUUUCCGCACUUACUGCUUCUGCUGGUUGGAGCAGCUUCCAUCAAUGUGGCUCAACUCACCUACAUUCCAUGGAUGCCUGUGCCAGCCACUAAGGAUUCAGCUAUGAAGAUCGGGAUGCUAUAGGCUCUUGGGUCUUCCAGUCCCCAGAACUUUCUCCCUGCCAAGUCCUGCAACUUGUCUGGUUUAUUUAGGUGGCUAGUAAGAGCUGGUUUUCUCAUUGAGACUAGAUACCCCUAAGGUUUUUUUUUUUCCUGCUGUGGCACUUCCCUUUGCAUCCCUAAAACACUUCAAGAGUCACACCAGUGCAGUUGGCCUCUGCUCUCCAGGCAGUUCAGCUCUUACCUGAGCCACCAGUGGCACACCUCAAAUCCAAGCUAGAAAAGCCAGCCUUUGGGCUGACAGCUUCACUAUACCCACUUUGCUCCAGAACACUAUCCACAAUAGAUCUCUUUCCCACUUCCUGUCUACCUCUCAAGCAUGUCUCUUGGCUUCUCCCGACAGAUGGGAUAAAACCUAACCCCAGCAUGAAAGUUGAUAUACAUGACCACUCCAGGUUCAGGGCCCUCUUCCUCCCUUUUCAGGACCCCAAGCAUUGGUUCGUGCUGUUGGCUCUGCUAGGAAUGUCCUGGCCUUUUGGAGUCUAAUCACUGCCUGUCGUUCCUUAUGUCAGGGUUGGGUGGUUAGUUGGUUGAUUGGUUUUGUUGGAGAUAGUCUGGAUAUAGCCUCAAAGUCUCAAUUCUGUUUCAGUUUCCUGCAUGCUGAGAUUCCUGGCAGAUGCCCUCCUGCCUUCUUUUCUAAGAAACUUAAAAACACAAGCAGUUUGCCCAAACUGUUUUUGACUCUGCAGUGAGCUCCCAGGCUCCAGGCUGCAGGCUGCCGUGCAGGCAGGGACCAGCUGGCUUGCUGGAACACCAGAUGCCUCUAGCUCUCUAUGGUCUGGAAUCUGAUCAU